CUGAGGAACUGACCGUCGAGACGGAAAGACGUUGAUUUGGUUCGUUAAAAGUCGUACCACCAAAGCUAAGCAUUUUUGUUCUGAAAACAAGGUGAACUUAAUUAUUUUGAAACAUGGUUAUUGCAAAUGUUGCCGUUAAGCGAGAAGAAACUGGUGUGUCUCCCUACAACAAACAGUACCAUGCCGUUUCAGAGAGAAACGUAGGGCAGAACGAGUUUCGACUUGCUGUUGAAACAGUUCUUCCUCGAUUGUUAGGACAUUCCAAGCCUAAGCGAAAACACAAUUUUCAAGAUGAGGAGAAUGCUUGCCCUAACACAUACGUUGAAGCAGUUUAUGAUUUUGGUCGGUGGCUUGGCAGUGUAAGCAAUAGCUUUCAUCGUUAUUGGACAAGGAAAACAAAGGUUGCGGAGGUCUCAGUUACUGCAUCCCGUAUGAAGGAUUUCUUCAUUUUGUUGGAAGAUGGUCGUAUUAAAGGCUUUCUGGAACAAGACAAAUGCAAGAUAUUUGCUGAUUCAUACCUUCUGGCUAUGGUGUUCACUUACUUUCUUCGAGCUGGUUUCGCUCACGAAGAAUACAACUUUACAAACUUCUGUACCGCUUUAUUUCUUGCCCACGAAAUAGAAGAAGAAAACUUUUUGAUUGAAGAAUUGGUGGUGCAAUGGGAGAUGAAACAGAUUGAAAACGACGACGAGGAGUACAUUCCCAUGCACCGUUUACGUUACGAGCUUUUUGUCCGUAUGGAUUAUCGGGCCCUUGUCCCACGAAAAGUCUGCGAGGAAAUAAUGGCGAUUUGUCCUGAGCAUUGGGCAUGGAAACGAAAGAGACACGAACGCCACUCUGGGGUGUACCAGGACAGACGUUACCCUGCUCAGCAUCCUCGCAAAGUUUCGCCAUGGACAUCCUUUCCUACUUUUUUUCGCCCCUGUGAACCAUGUUUAAAACUAGAACAAAAGAGCACAGCAAUCACGGCCAAGAAGGAAGCAAGAAGCGCUGGCAAUAGACUUACUCUUAGAAAACGCCAAUACUCUCCCCACACCGAUUUAAAGGAUUGUUUCAUGAACUUUUAAGUUUAUAUCGAUAAAAUCCUUCAUUCAACAAUCAAAGCAACAAUGUCAAAUGCAAACUUUUCAGUUAACACAACCAGAAUUUAAGAGAUUUGAAUUUUUGCCCUUGUUUACCAUAUGUAUUUUCAAGAACUAUCAUCUUC